GCUGCGCAUUGUAACUGUCCAAGGUAUGACUCUCCCUUGCUUCUAAAGCAGAGGCAGCAUGUUUUAGAAGGGCUCUCCACAUACACCGGCUGUUGCUUGCUAUAUUAUUGUUCAACAUUUCAUUGGACUGUUUCCACAUCUUGGGACAUUUUUUAUUGAUGAAAACCAACAAGAAUGCUUCUUGGCGAUUGGAGUUUUGGAUUUUGACUGGUUUCUGACGUACAUCCCAAGCUCGUGCUUUCAAACAGGUGCAUUAAGAUAUUUCAUCUGAGCUUCACCAGCCCUUCCUCGGCAGCUGUACAGAGUCAACAUGAAAGAUAGCUACAGUGGCUACGAGAAUCAGCUUUUCAAUGAGGACUUAACUGGCGAAGAGGAGGAUAAUCCUCCUUCAAGAGGAAGGACAAGAGGUGGAUGCUUGAAAUGCCAGCAGUCACAUUCUCUCCAGCUAGCUGUCAAAAUGCUCUAUGGCUUUUUAGCUUUGCUCAUCAUUGCUGUGGCCGUCUUGGCAUCCCUUGUCUUUAGGAGAGUCGACACCUUAUCCGAAGAGGAAUUGUCUUACCACAAAAAGAUUUCCAAAGUCCAAGAGAGUAUAAAAGACUUCAGUACAACAAGCAACUACUCCAACUGUUUAGACAUUACACAAUUCCAAGUGGAGAUUGCCAGAUUAAAAAAGGAGUUUGAGGACAUCCAGAAAAAAGUUUUAGGACAAGAACACCAGUUGGACAUGUCCACUGAAUCCCAGCAAAGUCUGAUGCAAUCCAGCAACAGAAUGACGCGAGAUCUUCAGGCCUUUGGAAUCACCAUCAAGCGUAUUAACCAAUCUUUGGCCCAAUACUUGGAUCAGGUGACCGGCUGGCAGGUUGUCAUCAACGAAACCGAUCAUGGAUUGAAAACUCUUGUGGAAGAUCAAUACGAUUUGAAGGCCACAAUGCAACAGGUCAACACAACCGUUGCUCUCAGUGCGUUGUGGAUAGGUGCUCUUCAGAGGAAGGCCGAAGAGGAGACCUUGGUGCUUCAGAAAAUAACAAUGGACUGGCAGAACUAUAGCAGAGGUUUAAGCACGCUCAAAUCCAACUCCAGUGUGACCACGCAGACCCUAAGAACAAUUCAGAGUGCCGUCUCUGCUACCCACCAGCAGAUCAGCAUGAGCUCGGAGAUGAUUCAUGAUCUUACCCUACAGGUCAUGAACCUUCAGAUGCAACUAGAUAAUGUGUCUUCCUACAUCGAUGAACACGAGGAGAACAUGCAUGACCAUCAGUACCACGCCAAGUAUUAUGAGAACCGUACCGGGGAACGAUUUGUAACCCUGGAUGCAAGAAUGAAUUCCAUCGAAAUGGAGAUCGACACAAUCUCCUCCAGCAUUAACGCUACCGUCAGCCAUGUUCAGAGCAUGUACAAGUACAUCAACAUUGAAAGUUCCUCUUGCCAAUCCAGACUGGGCAGUCACACGGAAGAUCUGCAGAGCCUGAACAACACUGUCUUGCUGCUUCUUCACCUGGCGGACACUCUCAGGAUGCAGUACAUGAUGCUGAGUCUUCGCCUUGAUGUCGAUGUGAGGAACCUCUCCAUGGUGAUGGAGGAGAUGAAACUGGUGGACACCAGUCAUGCACAGCUGAUCCAGAACUUUACCAUUUUGAAAGGUUUACCUGGUCCACCAGGGCCAAAGGGAAACAGAGGAGAACCAGGAGCCAGAGGACUUGAAGGCCUCAGAGGCAUUAAGGGAGACAGAGGACUUGCUGGAAAUCGUGGGUCUCAAGGCCCGAAGGGUUUUGCAGGAAUUAAGGGUGAUCAAGGUUUACCUGGAACUAAUGGUUUGAAGGGGGCUCCUGGACCUAAAGGGGAAAAGGGGUCUUUAGGACAACCAGGGCCUCGUGGUGAAAAGGGACUGAAGGGCGACAUGGGGGUUCCUGGGAAGGAUGCAGCUCCUGGCCCUACGGGCCCUACGGGGAUCCAGGGCCAAGCUGGACUCCCAGGGAUACAUGGGCUUAAUGGUCCUUCAGGACUCCGUGGACUUACGGGACCACCAGGGCCACGUGGACCACCUGGACCACCUGGACCACCAGGGGAACCUGUACAGAGGUCAUGAACAGAUAAAUUAUUUCUCUGUUCCUAAAAGAGGGUCAAUUUGUUGACCAAAUGUUGAUACACUGACUGCCCUUCUGAACAGAGUGAUAAGUACAUUGAAGAGCUCUUUCAAAACAAGACAAUAAUGGGAACACAUGGCCCACAACUAAAAAAAAAAAAAAAAUCUACUUUGGCCAACAUGAAACUUGCUUGUGUCGUCAAUGGUUACCGAGCAAGGCUGCUAUAAAACCAUUGAUCAAUGUGUUACCGCCAACUGACCACAAACAGAAACAUUAUUUUGACGGUAAUCAUUUGAUUACGAAACAAUACAUUGACUGCAUGAGGAAACUUCCCAGUUGACUUUAUGACAAGGAAUGUCAGACGGUUUUAAAGAUACCAAGAACAGAAUGUUUUUUGUGAUUCUUGUGUACUUUAAUGCACUAAUAAAGCAUGCUUGCCGCACUGUGUGACACAUUCAGAUGGCGCUUAAUAAAAGUAUAAGUAGUGCAGCGGCAUCCAUUUUGUAUUUGUGUCAUAAUCAUAAAAGUUCAGAGCAGGUACUCUGGUGAUACAUAAUUUUUAUUUUGUGAGUUUGAGUGUAGUAAAUAUUUUCAGGCAUCUGCAGUAAAUAGCAGCAUCUAUAACAAAAUGCACAUGAAUAAAAAAACUUUAUAGUU